AUGGCGCCGAGAAAUCGAGUUUCCACGGCAGCACACUAUGGGAUAGAAUACGACAAUGGGCAUGCUACCGAAUGUGCCUCCUAUUUAUUAUGCAAGGAAUUAAUAAUGCUCGCUAAAGAAACAGAUUUUUGCAAAGCUUUCACUCUGAAAGUAUGCUACCUAUUUUCGCAAGGUUCUAACAAAAGAAAGCAAUAUCGUGCGGGUGAGAUCGAGAAUUCCAAGCGAAAAAGAGAGAAGAAUGGGGAAUUGAAGCGCUUCGCUCUUGAAGUCAUUAGAAUACAGUUUGUUUACUAG